AUGGCGUCAGAUAAUUCGUCGAAUGUCUGUUCCAACCCUCCAGAUGAUGGACAAACAAGCAAGGAAAACGCCCGAAAGUGGCAGACGGUCUUUCGAGUGAGACUGAACCCACAGCCAGCACCAGCUCAGACUCGCAAUCUGGCGCCAGAGAAGAGGAAAUCUUCAGGAUUCCGUCCUCGUCGAUCUCACCGAAAGUCGAAGGCUGGCUGUCUCGUCUGCAAGAGGCGCAAAGUCAAGUGCGAUGAAGCAAGGCCCGGGUGCCAUAACUGUGCCAAUUACGGCGUGGCAUGUAACUAUCCUGCAGCUCUCACUCCUCCCAGUGCCAGCAAGGAUAUUACAACAGUUACGACGAGUGGCCCAAGUAGGGCCAUGUUUUCCAUGUCCCUCGAUAACUUGGCCGCUAAGAUUGAGGAGACGUUAAGGAUGCACUCAGACUCGGACUACUACAACACUGUAGAGUCAAUCUCCACCCCUGCAAUCCGCAAAGUUAUGCGGACAGAGGCCAUACGUGUUGCUUUCUCGAAUCCGCAUCUUAUGCAUACCAUAAUUGGCGUAUCACUUCUCCACCUUAACCGCAUACUUCCCCCAUGCAAGGCCCGGGAGUUUGCAGAAGCUCACCACUGGCAAAAGGCUAUUCAAUCAUACCGAACAGCUCUCUGCUAUAAAGUCAGCCCUGCAAACGUUGACGCUCUCCUGACCACAUGCAUGCUCAUGCUCGUUAACUGCAUGUGCCCUCAGAACUUCCGACCAUGCGAUUCAUGGGUCCUAUCAUCCAAUCCGUCGGCCAUGAACUGGAUUUGUUUGCAGAAUGGCCUGCCAUACCUUCUAGAGCUCUCAGGCCCCAUCCUUCAUCUGAGUAUCUGGGGUCCGGCCUUUAAAGCUGCCGAUCAGGCACACGAGAUACUGCUGAACAAUUGCGAACGGGGAAGAGAAGGCAUGCAUCCAAGGUUGGCAGACUUCUGUGAGAUACAUGACUCAACCACCGCGGAGACGAGUCCGUAUUUCAAACCGCUUCAAGUUGCAAGCUCAAUGCUAGAGCUAGAGAAGAGUGCUACAACUUCUGGGUACUUUUCAUCCUUUCUUGGUCAUUUAGACCAAAGAUAUAUUGCCCUGUUAAGGGCCAAAGAUGCGCGGGCACUAAUUAUACUGGCCCAUUGGAUGGGCAUUAUGUGCUUGAUAUCGCACUGGGAGCCUUGGGUAGAAGGGAGACUCAGAGCGGAGUGUAUCGCCAUAUGCAUUUACUUCACUCCCAGUGCAGAUACCGAGCUCCUAGAGCUGCUCAAGUUUCCCUCGAUCGCUUCUGGGUUUACAGAUGCCGGAGAUACUGCUACACAGGGAUAG